GAAGUGAGACUAGUAGGAAACAUAUUUUAGGAUUUUGAGUAGCCUAACUGUUAUCAGGGAACAUAUUCCCUGCACAUCGACGACAAAUCUAUCUCCGCUGUUUUGCUUUUUUGCGUAAAUUGUUCUUACUUUCAGCAAUGGUGGAGGUGUUCAUAGGUCGAACUCUUCUAAACAAAGAUGGGGAUGUUAUUGAUCCAGAAGCUGCACUGCGAAACAAAGUUGUAGGUAUAUACUUCUCCGCCGGAUGGUGUCCACCUUGUCGGGACUUCACACCUAUUCUCUGUGAUUUUUACACUGAGUUGGUUGAAGAGGCCGAGCCGCCUGCACAGUUUGAGAUUGUCUUCAUAUCAUCUGACAAGUCCACAGAGGACAUGGUUGAGUACUACCAUGACAUGCAUGGAGACUGGCUUGCUCUGCCGUGGACAGAUCAAUAUAAACAUGACCUCAAGAAGAGAUACAACAUUACUGCUGUGCCAAAGCUGGUGAUUGUGAAGGAGAAUGGCCAGGUGAUCACAGACAAAGGCCGAAAGCAGAUCAGAGACCAGGGCUUGGCCUGCUUUCGAAACUGGCUAGAGGUGGCAGAGGUUUUCCAGAACUUUAAGGGGUAGCAUAGCAUGCUGUCCUACCCCGCUGCAAGCUAACUCACUAAUUCCUAUUACACUGCUGCUCUUUCUAGGAUGACUGUUACUCAUUGUUUCUCAGGCAUACAGUACUUAUGAGUUUAUAUAUGUACUUAUGUAGGCCUAAGCAUUGUUAAUUUCACUUUAAAGUUAAGUGAAACAGUGUUUUUUAUUUAAAUACUGUGCUGCUUUUAUAUAAUUUUUUUAUCUUAAAGAGUUUUUAUAAGAAAUAUUUUAGUUAUUGUUGAAAUAUGAUAACCAUUUUUACUGCAAUAAAACCUUUCCUAAAAGCUUAAA